AUGGAUCCUAUCAACCAACUCAAAGCCUCUAUACUGGCUCAAAAUCUCCCUCAUCCAUCAACAAACUUUCUCAACUCGCUCAUAAAUGCACGCUCUCCACCACCCAUGCCUUCACUCGUAGCCACGGCCAAAGCUAGGCUAUUAGCAGCAGAUCUGACCAGCAGCGCAAUCGUAAACACAAGCGCUAUUCAAUCUUUUCCUCCAGAUGCUGAAUCGACGGAAUCCCGCGAGAAGUGGCUCCCAAGGCCUGUUCACGUUCAAGUUCUGGACAUCGAGAAUCUCACACUGAGUCGGUGGGAGCAAGUUGAAGAGAUGGAAGCUGUGGCGAGAGGCGAGACCACGCGUGGUAGAGAGGUCAUCCGUGUCACGGCAGAGGAUGACGAUGAGAACAACGAAAACCAGACCCAAAGGCCCGGAGGAGCUCGCAAUACGGCAGGUCCUAAACCCGUAGGCAAGAAUGCGACACACAAACUUGUGCUUCAGGACUGCAAGGGAACAAAGAUAUAUGCAAUGGAGCUACGACGCCAUGAUAGUAUCGGAGUUGGAAAGACGCAAAUUGGUGAAAAGAUAUUGCUCAAGGCUGGCACUGUGAUUGCACGAGGUAUGGUUUUAUUGGAGCCAGAUAAGUGCAUUAUGCUUGGUGGUAAAGUUGAGGCAUGGCAAAAAGCUUGGGUGGAUGGGAGAUUGACGAGGUUAAAGGAGGAGAUACAGCAGAAUGAAAGGCAAAGAUCGUGA